AUGUCAGUUUUUCGAUGAGAAAAUUACACGUGCGUUUUAUCAACACAUGCCGCUCUUUUAUAAAAAGCUCGAUUUAUCCCAUUUUUAUCAACAAAACAAAGUGAAGAGGCAAAAUUAUUAAUUCGUGAAGUGUAUUAGUUGUAAAUAAUCUCAUUUUAAAAUGGUUUUUGUGGAAAAAACCUUCCCUCGCGGAGGAGAAGUAAAACACAGGAAAGUUCAGGCAGAAGGUACUUCAAAACAACAGUUUGGAGUGUUUUCCAAGAAAAAAGUCCCGAAGAAGAACAAAAAGAAGGACGGCAAGAAGAAAAAUGACAGUGGAGUGGCUCAGGAAGAAUCACUGGAGUCCCGCAAGGCAGAAUUGAUUACUGCGAGAACAGUCGCUGAGGGAAUGCUUCUAAUGGGAUAUAUUAAGAGUAUCCACUCAACUGAUUUACUCAUAUCGCUGCCGGGACGAAUGCAGGGCAAGGUUCCGAUAAAUUGCAUCUCAUCGCCCUAUACAGAUUGUUUGGAGAAGAUGGUCCAGGGAGAGCGUCAAGAUUGCAAGACACUCUCAGACAUGUUCCAGCCAGGUGAUGAAGUUUAUGUGAAAGUCAUGGGGUUCACCAAUCAUGAAUCCAAGGGAGAUAAAAGAAUUGAAUUAUCUCUAAAUCCCAGAGAUCUUCAUAGUGAUUUGCAUCAUACAAAACUCGAGAAGGGUUUAGUAAUGUGUGGUGCAAUUGAAUCAAUUGAAGAUCAUGGGUAUAUUGUGGAUCUGGGAAUAGCUCAUGUAAGGGCAUUUCUCUCCACAAAGGGCAAUAAGCAAGCUCAUGAGAAAUAUGCAAUUGGUGAAUUGGUAUUUUGUAGUUUGAACAAAAUAACAUCAACAGCUUCUGUCACGACAGUUCAGCUCAAAGAGUGUCCAAAGAAGAGGAUUUUAACAGCUGAAGGAGAUACCAUGUUGGAUUAUAUAUUUCCAACGAUUGCAGUUAAAUUUAUAAUUGUUGAUGUGGUGAAGGAUGGAUUGAUGGGGAAGAUUUUUGAUGGAACCUAUACGGCGUAUAUCAAUCAGAUUCAUUUGGGGCCGGGGAAGGUGAUCAAAGACUUUCAGAUUGGAACAGAAAUUGAGGCAAAAAUUCUCUAUGUAAUGCCACUGACGAAAUUUGUCUACUUGACACUGAAUUCAUUUGUCGUGGCGGAGAAGAGGAUUCCAUUUGGGAAGAUUUUGGAGAAUGUGGAGAUUGCGGGGAAGGGUCAGAGUGGGAUUUUGCUGAAGUUGAAUAGCAAGGCUAAAGGAUUAAUUACAUAUGCUCACAUGAGGAUGGGUAUCAAUGCUAAUGUUGAUGAAGAUGUUCUGAAUAAGAAGUACAAACAGGAUAAGUUGAAUGUGGUCAGAGUGAUGGAUUACAAUGCAGUUGAUGAUUUUUACAUUUGUACAGAUAAAGUUCAUCUGAUCAAGGAGAAGUAUUUCUCAUUGGCAGAUGCUAAAAUUGGGGAUUUCAUUCAGGCGGAAAUUACAAAGAAAGUCCCUGGAAAGGGUGUUAGAAUAUCAUUUGGGCAGUUGCAUGGAUUCAUCAAUAAGGCUCACAUGUCUAGGGGAGUUUCUGGACAGAAUGUGGGCAGUAAGGUACGUGGGAGGAUUUUGUACAUUGACGAUCAGUACAAAUCGGUAGUUGUAACGACGCAUCGGGAAUAUCUCAAGGAGAAUGCUCCAAUUCUGAUGGAUAGGGAUGAUAUUAAAAUUGGACAAGUCUAUAUUGGGAUGAUUCAUGAGGUGACCGCGAAGAAGAUACUCGUUCAGUUCUUCAGUAGGAUACUGGGAGCUGUUGUCAAGGGCAUGGAUGUUGUCAAUCGUUCUUUCUACGAUUCCAUGAAGCCUGGCCAAAUUGUUCGGGUGAUGGUGACUAAUGUCUCUGCCAGACAUAUAAAUCUAACUUUUGCCCGAGAUACCAGCGAGGAUAGCCUGAAAUUGGGCAAGGUGGCCCGUGGGAAGAUUAUGGGAUCGUAUUCGUCGGGAAUGGAAGUGGAAGUUCUUGAUACAAAGGCAAAUAUCUGGAUUUCUAAUCACUAUGCCUCUGAAAUCCCAGAAAUUGGUCCAGGGCUUUCGUCAGCUCAUGAUUCUGAGGAAAUCAAGUUUGUAAGGCUGUCAGAUGAGAUAUACAGCUUGAGGGAUGUGGAUUACUUCAAUAAGCAUAAAAUGUCCUCUUGGAAAUCUUUGAUGUCGGGAAUGGUAUUGAGGGGAUUCAUCAAAGCUGUCAAUGAUGAUAACUUGGAAGUUCAUUUGCCAUUGAGUGAUAUGACUAAAACUGUGAAGAUUUUCUAUCCAAUGAUUCUGAAAGACUAUCAAAAAACUGAUGAGCCAGAUCUCUUCCAACCUGAGCAGAUAAUCUAUGUGAAAGUUCUCAGUAAGGAGCCCAAAACAAAGAUUGUAACUUGUUCUGCACUUCUAAGUCAAGUUUGGAAUGGAAAUGUUGGAGUUUCUACGGCAAUUGUCAUGAAUUAUUUCAGAGAUAUCAACAAGAUUUACUCAAAAUUGAAUCCCAGAUUCAAGACAAGUGACAAGGUGACGGUUGAAGUUGAAGAAGUUGGAGAGGAAGUUGUCAAUGUUAAAGUAGAAGGAACCAAUGAAAUGGGAAUAAUUUACAAGGAUCUCUUGGAAGAUGUUCCAAAUGUAGGAGAUAGAAUCAAGUGCGUAGUGCUUUGGGUAUCUCCAGAAGGUGCUGUUUACCUGAGUGGCAAAUCAAAUCACCAGGAGAUGCGAGAAAAUAGAGAUCAUCCUCAAUUUAGUCACAUAAAGCAAAGAGGAGAGAUUUUGCUGAAGACUUCUCAGUUCUUCCUUGUAUUGCUGGAAUCUAAUCAUGUGGUCUAUGUACCACUGAGAUUGCACUACAAUGACUUCCGACCUGUUCUGGCCGAUCGGAGGGGGGAAUGUGAAGUUAUUCUGGUGAAUGAUAGAGGAGAAAGAGUGAUUGCAAUGUUCAGGGAUAUCUUUGAGGAAUGUCGAAAAGUUAGUGUGGAAGUUAAGAAACGAAGGCAGGAAUCAAUCAGUGAGUCUGAUCAUGAGGAAAAUCCUCAGAAGAAGAUCAAAACGGAAGAUGAAGAGAUGGAUUCUGAAGAGGAAGAAGAUGAAGAGAUGGAUUCUGAAGAGGAAGAAGAUGAAGAAAUGGACAUUGAUAAGCAAGAAGUGGCUCCAUUAGCAGGAUUAUCUUCCAAUUUCUGGAAUACGGAUUUUUCCUGGUUGCCGGGUGUAGCUAAAGACGAAAGCGACGCCGAGUCGGAAGGUUCGGAAUCCGAGACACCGGCAAAGAAGAAGAAACUGACAGCAAGGGAACGCCUAGAGCACGCUAAAAUGCAUGAAGCUAGAAUUCGGGAUCGAGAAGAGAGUCUCGCAGAUGGGAUCAGUGAUCCUCAGAAUACGGAUGAUUUUGAACGUCUGGUCCUCACAACGCCAAACAACAGCUUCAUCUGGAUCAAAUACAUGGUGUACUAUCUGCAGGCGACAGAAGUGGACAAGGCUCGGAGUGUAGCGAGAAGAGCAAUAAAAAGUAUCACCUAUCGUGAACAGGAUGAAUUGAUAAAUAUCUGGGUGGCUCUGCUGAAUCUCGAAUUGCGUUUUGGUUCAAAAGAUUCCUUCGAGACAGUUCUCAGUGAAUCACUAGAAGUCAAUGAUCAAUUUAAGAUCAUGAUGAGGACUAUAGAAAUCCUGGCAGAUGUGCGAAAGAUCGAGGAGUUGCGAGCCAAAAUAUCCAUUUGUGUCAAGAAAUUCAAGACAAAUGCAGAAAUGUGGUCUAAAAUUGGUGAGGCUUUCUUCAAAGUUGGCCUCACAAAUGAAGCCAAGCAGAUGAUGCACAGAGCCAUUGCAGCUCUUCCACAGAAAGAUCACAUCUUCAUCAUCAGCAAUUUUGCCAAGUUGCACAAUAAAUUUGGCGAAAAAGAGACAGCUCAUGCUCUCCUGGAGCAAAUUGUAACAUCCUAUCCCAAACGCGUUGACAUUUGGUCAAUAUACGUGGAUAUGCUAGUGAAAGAUUCUCGCCAGGAUCUAGCAAGGCAGAUUCUCGAUCGUGCUAUCCUGCAAAAGCUACCGCUGAAGAAGAUGCGAACCAUCUUCAAGAAGUAUCAGGAAUUUGAGGAGAAAUACGGAGAUGAGCAGAGUGUAGAAAAAAUAAAAAGCAUGGCUGAGGAAUUUGUACAAAAUUAUAUUAAAACGUAAGUUCACCUUAAAUGCUACAAUGUAUUUUCCAUCAAAAUUAAUCUUAAUUUUUUUUUUCAUUUCGUUAAAUAAAAUUUGCCACUUGAUUGAA